AUGAGGUCGGCUGCUCAAUAUACCAGACGAACAAAUUGCUCUCGGAUGCAGGAAUGCAAUGGAGCCUCUCACCAUACGUUGUUAGCCCCGGGAAUGCAACGACCAAUACAGAAAGCCACCCAAGGCCACUCGAUUGCCACGACCGCCCAGGCCCACCGCAAACGGUUCAGACGUCCCCGUUCCAAAAUAUGCCCGGAGCUGUCCUGGAGAGGGCCUUCUUCCUUUCCGGUAGCCCAGCACUACCAAGGCCCCAGCUUCCCCCGCGUUGAACGCACGUUGAGACACAAGCUCGAGCCGGAGAGGCAGGUCAUUGCUUCAUCCUUUUCCAUUCCCAGCUCAGCUUUCAAGCUAGAAGAUCGAGAGCUGCGUGGGUUGCGUGGGUUGCGUGGGCCGCUUCCACCAUUGAUCCAACACUGGCAACAACUAUCAGGGUCGCCGUCUCUUGUCUGUACUGAACCCUUCACCAAUCCUAUGGCCAGUUUCAUUCAGGACACCGACACUGGCCCUUGUUCUGGGGCAUACAAUGCCAUAUUCCUCUUCGGCCUUUCAGUCUACGCUCUUUGGUUCGGACCAUUUCCUUUAGCUCGGUCAUAUAAAUUCACGGUCGCAGAAGCCUUUCUUCCCGAUAUGCCAUCCAGAAGUCAGAGACAACAACAACAACAACAACAACAAGUAAAGCAAGUAUCAAAUCAAUCAAUCACCCUCGACACCAAUUCCCUCAGCAACACGCCUUUGAACAAAGCAGUAAGCAUGUCUGAUUCUGACGAUUACGUUACUCCCGUCACCCCUGCGAAGCAACGCUUCAGGCUCGACGAUUCUAGCGACUCGGAUGAGAAUCAGAAUCCCCAUUACCAGCAGCACCUAGAUGAUCGCGCUGGUCUCCCUUCGGGACCAGCCCUCUUCGGAGGGCAAGGUUCCUUCCCGGAACAACAUCUUCCUUCAGAAGAAUCGACCAUGUACUCGUCCUUCGAGCAGCCGCGAGAGGAAACGAUACCUCCGCUCACGCCGGUAUUUCAACGCUUCAAACUCAAGGACUCCGACUCCGACGCAGACCCUACUCUUGACCCUCCUGGCCGUCAUCUUGGCGAGUUCACGACGGAGCCAAUGCAGAUAUCUCCCUCCGAGGAGAUGCCGAAGCCGCAAGCUUCCCCUCCUACCUUGGCCUUUCACGUCGAAAUCGAGUUCCUCUUGAAACUUGAUGAACACCUACUCAAGGGAAUCGAAGAGGAAAAGACCGGGGUGAUGGACAACCCCGAUUCCUACGUUGCCUUUAACCCCCAUCCGUCCCUCCGGGGCACCAACGCAUUUGAUCGAGUGACUAACAACAUCCUAGUGAGGAUAGCACGCCACCUCCACGCCAACGAUAUACCCUCCGUAUCCUCUUCCGAAGAGCUAGACCGCGAGUUCAGCCGUGACAUCGAAGGGCAGUUCGGUCCGGGUCUCUGGGUCGUCCGCACCCCGGUCAAGCCGCUGGAGGUGAGACCAGAAGCCACCAUAGACCAUGACCGUUUCACCGGCGUUGCCGUCCGCUCACCUCUCUUCAACGCCACAGCUUUCUCUGUCUUUAUUGAGUCCGUCCGCAAACUGGUCCGCAUCAUCAAGGAGACCUACACCGUCGGCGUCAACGCCUCUACGAGGCUACGCGUCGACGUCAAGCCCGGUGGUGGUGACGACAAGUUUGACGUCGCCUACCUGAAGCGGCUGGUCCGCUUCCUCUGGGCCGCAUCGCCCUUGCUCGAUGAACUUCACCCGCCGCAUUGUGGCCCUGGUUCCCCUGUCACCCCGGGUCUCGCCUGCACGAGGGCCUUCUAUCCGGAAGGCUUCCUCGGCCUCGACCAGCUCCAGUAUAAGAAAAUUGAAGUGCCCGACCUCUUCGACGCCGGCGCCGCGGUUCCCAUGAGCGUCAAAAUGUUGGAAGAACCCAGCAUGCCCUCGGGCCGCUUCAGUUCCUGGUAUGUUCUGCAGCUCCUCAAGCUGGAAGCCCCCCGCACGCUGCCGGAGCUCGUUGAGAAGUUGGGCGUUGUGCGUGGUCGUGCGAACGGCGGGCUGGUUGAUAUGCCUCCUGGCGCUUACCACUUCGAUCCCCUGCUCCACGAAGGAAGCAUUCAAUUCGCCCAGCACGCCGGCACCAUGGAUGUUAAUGCGAUAACCCAAUGGGUCCGCGUCUGCCUGGCGCUCGCCUCCAUCGGCCAUUCUUCCCGCGUCGAGCAUUUCCACGGCAUUCUCCGACGCCUGAUACCUGCCAACGCCGAUGUCCAUCGCGAACUGCUCGGAGUCGGCCCGCUUGUAUCCCCAGCACCUGCAGCACCUGCAGCACCUGGCAACGGGGUCGGCCCCUUGACCGUGUAUGAGCUUCUCCGCCAGUUGGUCUCCCGAAACACAGCAGCCUACUACGAGACCCGCGGCCGCUACCCCCAGAGCCCGGAGGUGGCACGCCUCGGACGCCGACGCGCCGUUAACCUAGGAGCGCUGCUGAAGAGCACUCCGGCCUCGCCCCAGUACACUUUCGGCGUGGAGCUGGAGUUCUUCCUCCCUUACGGUAAGAACGACGAGACGUUGCCGUUGCCGUACGGCGUGUUCAAGGACCCUUCGCCGGAGGAUAAGCGCUGGUUCGAAAGAAACUAUGUUUUAAACGAGACCCGUGAUAGUGUCUGCGAGAUCCUCACCAAGGGAGGCUUCUUCGCCACUAACAUUUGGAGUCACGUGACCGGCUCGAAGCGCUAUGAAACCAUGCGCGCCAAGGCGGGCGGGUUCCUCCUCGAGCCCGGUAUCAGGCCCCAUUUUCAAGCCUGGUGCGUCCAGUCGGAUGGUAGCCUCAUGGUCGGCCCGGUUCCGGGCUACUCGGGCGAAGUCGGCAUGGAGAUUGCCGGCCCGCUCGGCUGUGCCAACCGCACGGGCUACCGAGACUUUGUCCGCGGCGUGUGCUACCUCCGCAACAACAUCCGCACCAUGAUUGGGAAUGAGUGCGGCCUGCACGUCCACGUCUCCACCCACAACGGCCGCUGGACCUACCGCACGGUGAAGCGCGUCAUCAGCCUAUGCUGGUUCAUAGAGCCCGUCAUGGCGGCCAUGCUGCCCCCGACGCGGUUCCACAAUCAGUAUUUCCAGCCCAUCCACAGGAACUCCCGGGCCGCGCUUGAUGACGACCCACCCGUCGCCGAGACGCAGCGCGAUCGCGAGUUGGAGGCCCACGUACCGAUGGACGGUCUCGACGAGAAGCUCCGCGCCGCCAUGUGGCGCAUCUGGGUGAGCUCCACUCAACUCAACCAGCUCGAGAGCGCCAUCUCGGAUCACUUAUACUGCCGGUGCUCGCUGUCGGUGUCCAGCAUCAGACGGAAGCCAGGUCAGGACGGUCGAGUUGACCUCACCGGCACGAUCGAGUUCCGUCACAAGGACGGCUGCCUCGACCCGGAGCGGAUCGUCCGCUGGUCGCGCUUCUGCGUCGCCAUGGUCCGCAAGGCGGAGGUCGCUCCUGCCAGGGAGAUCCGCGAGCUCCUGAGGACUCUGGCCCCGCUGCAGGGCCGUGAGCGUUGGGACCGCCGCGCCAGUACGGAGUUUAUUCCUGUCGUCAUGGGCGCCCUGGGACUUCCUGACGAGGACACUGACUUUUGGUGGCGCCGGUCUAGAUUGUUUGCGCCCCUCGACAUCGAGAAUCCGACCGAAACCGAACGCAUCGCGCUCUCCAGCAGGGUCGUUUCCACUGCCGAGAGUCGUAAGGAACGGAAACCGAUACUGGUCAACCGGGACUUCAUCCCACCGGUCUCGGCUGAAGAGUACGAACGUCUUGAGGCUUUGUUAGCCAGCAUACCCGAGUGAGAUGGCAACAAAGAACAGGCAGGUAAGGUGGGUGGAAGAUACAAGGUGAGUAAGAUCUAUACACUUGUUGUUAUUAACACCCACACAACCCCCCAUCUCCUUCUGUGGUAUAGCAAAUACCAAUCAUGAUAGGUAAGUGUGGCACCACUGGAACAGCAAAAAUCAAACAAGCAAGGUAAGUCAAUUAUGCUGGAAGGUACAACAAAAGAAUAGACGGACAAUAGGACACUCGUAAAUGAACGAAUAGAAAUUACAGACAUACACAC